UAUAUAUGUGUUGAUUGUAAGUAAUGAACAUAAGUGAAAAUCAGAAAAUAUUCAACAACUCUCAUUCUCUCUACUCUUUCCACUUUCUUCUCUCAAUAUUCUCUAUGUUUUGACAUGGUAUCAGAGCAGCGAUCUUGCUGACUCUAGUCUUGAAUUGUUGUUUCCAUCAUGGGAGAAGAUGAUUUUUCCCAUGUUGAAAGUAGCACCACCGAUCCUACUACUUUCACCGAAUUUGCUGCUCAAAUGGCUGAGUUGAUGAAGAUACAAGCAUCAACAUCGAAUACGACCCCGACCCCGACCCCGACUAUUACCUACGAAACCUCUCCUGCACAAAUUGGCAUUAAGUUGGAUGGCUCCAACUAUGCCUUAUGGUCUCAAGUUAUUGAGAUGUAUGUUGCUGGCAAGGAUAAGCUGGGAUAUCUCACUGGUGAACUCCCAGCACCUUCUCAGACGGACUCGACAUUCAACCGAUGGCGAACAGAAAAUGCAAUCGUGAAAGGGUGGCUAAUCAACUCCAUGGAGCCAAGGUUAAUUGGCAACUUCAUUAGAUUCUCGACGGCCAAAGGAGUUUGGGACGCAAUAGCCACAACUUACUUUGAUGGCUCUGACACCUCCCAGGUGUAUGAUCUUAAAAGACGAAUCUCCCGUAUGCGACAAGGGGGAGGUUCGAUUGAAGCUUACUACAAUGAUCUCCAAGGCUUAUGGCGAGAAAUCGAUUUUCGCCGUCCAAAUGAGAUGAAGUGCGAGUUGGAUAUCAAAAAAUACUAUGAUAUCAUCCAAGAAGAUCGAGUUUAUAUUUUCUUGGAUGGUUUGGAUGAUCGACUAGACAAAGCCCGAAGUGAUGUGCUCCAAAUGAGUCCAUUUCCUACAGUAGAGCAAGCUUAUGCUCAUGUUCGACGAGAAGAUAUCCGACAAACUGUGAUGUUAGGAGCUCCAACACCAACCGGAGUAGGAUUGGCAACAAAAGGAACAUACCGACCCUCUCGCCCAAUUCCAACUGCUCAUCUCCAGCUACAGACAGCUGCCAAUAAGACUACUCCACCUUCUCGACCCAAGGCUCCCACAGAUGGGAGUGGUUGCACUCACUGCGGGAAUCCAAAGCACACUCGAGAAACUUGUUUUAAACUACAUGGUUAUCCAGAUUGGUGGGAUGGUCUCAAGGCUCGUAAACUUGCUGCUGGAGGAACGGGUCGUGCUGCCCUUGUCACCUCGGAUCCUCUGGUAACGUUAAUUCCUCAUGAAGAGUCUACCUCAACAUCAGAAAAGGACUCUUCAUCUUUCAGUAACUCAGGAUAUUCUCACCAAGGAGAUCAUUGGUCGUGGUACUAAGAGAGGGGGGUUGUACUAUGUGGAUGAUUUCAGUAUGGGAAGGGCACAUAGUGUGAAGCACUCAUCGACUUGGAAGGAUCGACAACUUUGGUUA